CUGCGUGUCAUACGUAGGUCCUGGUGGGCGGGCUUUGCUCACUGCUUCGUAUCUGGCUGUUGCAUGUAGCCGGUUCCACUUGUGUGCCGCCCCCUCCUCCACCACCCUUCACCGUCCACGCUGGGGAAGCUGCCAGGAUUGCUGCAGAGCCGGGGCUAUUUCCCCAGAGCCAAGCCCCACGGGGAUUUGCGUCUCAAGCCAACAUGAUUGGACACGUCGAUACUUUGGCCCGACGGUUUCGACAUAAUGAUGCCCCGAGGCAAUUGUGUCCACCUCCGUCCUCAAUCCUGACGGUGCCUGAUCGAGCCGAUAAUGCGGAGUGCAUGACAGUUGUCCGCUAGAAGAAGUGUCGAAACUUCCUUCGAUGACGAGGAAUGGGCGGCCGACGGAUGAAUCACGGCCCUCUCGUGACAUCGGGAGAGCGAGGCUGCGAUGCAGCGGCCUCUGCGCCGAGGCAGGCGGCCAAGAGGUGGAUGCGACAAAACGGACACUGUCGUAUCUUCUUUGUGCUCUCGUCGUUUUGUGAGCUCUUCAGAUCCGUCGUGUUUGCUUCCCGGUGGCACCAGCGUCGAGCUCCGCUGACUCCGAGGGCUGUGCUUUGCUCUCCGUCGCUCGACCAUCAAAUGCGACGGAGGAGGGGGAGAGGGUUUCUGGAAAUUAAUGUCAUGCCCGUGCGCAGCCUGAGGUCAGAGCUGCCGUCUAGCUGAAGACACCGCCAGCAAUCGAGGAGGGUUGGCUGUACGUUAAGUAUAGGCAGCAACAAAAGUCGCGAAAAUGCCGGGGCUGGAAGCAAGAUUCGACCGCCUGCGACGGAAC